GCAGCUAGCGGAUUGGGACAGAGCCAGGCUGCAGGCAGGCAGGGACAGGGAGAUGCUGCUCGGCAAACUCCUAACCGCACAAUACGUUCACUUCUAUACAUAAAGGCGUUUACUGUUUUAUUUUAUAUUUUAUUCUAGUGAGAUGAAAUGAAAUGAAAGAAACCUCGGCGAAGAGCUCUUCCUGUUGAUAUAUAUAUAUAUAUUUUUUCUUUCUUCCGGGUUUGGUGCCGCUUGUUUUGGGGAGAAGAGAAGAGUUGAACAGAUCAUGGCGGGGGAGCGAAGUCGUCUCCUGCCCCAUGGAGCGUACAGCGUGGUGGGGGACAGCGUGGACUCCAGGAAGGGUUCCACGUCCGGGGACGACGCUUCCAAAUCCAGUCCUCGCAAACUCAACACCUUUUUUGGUGUCAUGGUGCCAACCAUCCUGUCCAUGUUCAGCAUCAUCCUCUUCCUGCGCACAGGUUUUGUCGUCGGACACGCCGGGCUCCUCCAAGGACUGAGCAUGUUGUUUGUGGCGUAUUUCAUCAUCUCCUUGACCAUCCUGUCGAUCUGCGCCAUCUCUACUAACGGAGCCGUGCAAGGGGGCGGAGCUUACUUUAUGAUCAGCCGUUCUCUCGGGCCGGAGUUUGGAGGCAGCAUCGGGCUCAUGUUCUACCUGGCGAAGGUGUGUGCGUGCGGCGUCUACGUGCUCGGGCUGGUGGAGGCCAUACUGAACGUUUUUGGACGGGAUCCAGUGGCCGGGGUGGCAGAAGGCUUGCAUGUGCUGCCUCAGGGUUACUGGUUCUCGGUGCUCUACGCCUCCGUGCUGCUGCUAAUCUGCCUGGUCAUCUGUCUGGUCGGUGCUCACAUCUACGCCAAGGCCUCCUUCCUCACCCUGCUAGUGGUGACGGUGGCCGUGCUGUCCAUACUGAUCAGCCCGCUGGCCGUCAGGCCGCGCACCUUCAACUUCACGCACUCCCUCAGCCCGAACAACACGGUGACCCGUAACGGCAGCUACACCGGCUUCAACAGCACCACGCUCGCCAACAACCUGUGGGCCGGCUACACUUCAGACUUCAGUACAAACAGGAUGAUGUCGUUCUCCACCGUCUUCGCCGUCAUGUUCACCAGCUGCACCGGCAUCAUGGCCGGAGCCAAUAUGUCAGGUGAGCUGAAGAACCCCAGCGUGGCCAUCCCGAAGGGCACCAUCAUGGCCGUGCUGUACACCUUCACCGUCUACAUACUCUUCUUCUUCCUCGUUAGCUCCACCUGCGACAGGUCGCUGCUGAUUAACGACUUCGCCGUCUUCCAGCAAAUCAACAUCUGGCCUCCGUUUGUGAUCAUCGGCGUGUACUGCGCCUCGCUCUCCGCGGCCAUGUGCUCGCUCAUCGGAGCGUCGCGCAUCCUACACGCCCUCGCCAUCGAUAAGCUCUUUGGGUUACCCCUGGCCCCUGCGGCCAUCACCUCUAGCUCGGGAAACCCCUGGGUCUCUGUGCUCUACACCUGGGCGCUGGUGCAGUGCACGUUGUUUGCAGGUCAGCUGAACGCCAUCGCAGGGUUGGUGACCGUCUUCUACCUGCUGUCCUACGCCGCAGUAGAUCUGGCCUGUCUGGCUCUGGAGUGGGCGUCCGCUCCUAAUUUCAGGCCGACGUUCCAGUUCUUCUCGUGGCACACGUGUCUCCUGGGCAUGCUCAGCUGUCUGGUCAUGAUGUUUGUCAUUGAUCCAGUGUACUCGUCAGCCAGCAUCGUGGUGUUACUGCUGCUGCUGCUCUUCCUGCACUAUCGAUCGCCCACAAGCAGCUGGGGCUACAUCAGCCAGGCGCUCAUCUUCCACCAGGUUCGUAAGUAUUUGCUGAUGCUCGACUCGAGGAAGGACCAUGUGAAAUUCUGGCGGCCACAAGUCCUGCUGAUGGUAUCCAACCCCCGCUCGUCCUGUCAGCUCAUCUGCUUCGUCAACCAGCUAAAGAAAGGAGGGCUGUUCGUGCUGGGUCACGUGCAGAUCGGAGACCUGGAUGUCGAACCAACAGAUCCAGUUCAGCAGCAGUAUAAUUUCUGGUUGAGUCUGGUGGAUAAGCUCGGUGUUAAAGCAUUUGUCGAUCUGACCCUCUCUCCAUCAGUCAGACAGGGAACCCAGCACCUACUGCGCAUCACCGGACUGGGUGGAAUGAAGCCGAAUACACUCGUUCUGGGAUUCUAUGACAACUCGUACCCAGAAGACUAUUUCCUUCAGGAUCCUACUUUUUGUAAGGGCACAGUGGACGGUGCCGGUUUCAUCGGAGACGAGGGCGACAAUUUCGGUGUGGACCUCCCGUCCCUACAGGCCCACUUCCCUCCCGUGCGUCACGGGGUGGAGAGCCAGCGCUGGCUCCAGCCAGACGAGUACGUCGGCAUCGUCUCCGACGCCAUAAAGAUGGGCAAGAACGUGUGCCUGGGCCGCUACUUCUUCCAGCUGUUGCCUGAAAGCAAGGGGAAGAGCGGCGAGCGCGCCACCGAGACCAUCGACGUGUGGCCGUCCAACAUGCUAAGCCCCGACGGGAACCAAAGCUACGCCGACGUCUGCAGCCUCUUCCUCCUGCAGAUGGCCUGCGUUCUAAACAUGGCCGCCGGGUGGCGCCGCGCCCGCCUGCGCAUCUUCCUCUGCGUGGAAUCUGAGUCCGAAGACCAGCGCUGGCUGGCCAAGGAGGAGCGCUUCAGAGAGCUGCUGGGGAAGCUGAGGAUCCGAGCCACCAUCAAGAUCGUCCCGUGGGACCCGGCGGUGCGGCUGCUGCGAGGAAGUGAAGAAACGGCGCCCCCCGCAGUGACGGAAGCGUUCCUGCGCGAAGUCAACAAGCUCCUGAAAGAACACAGCACCUCCGCCGCCGUGCGCUUCCUCUACUUGCCCCGCCCACCCACCGAUUCCAGCCAGUCGCAGCAGUACCUGGCGCAGUUGGACACCCUCACUCAAGGACUUGGUCCCACUCUUCUGAUUCAUGGUCUGACCCCUGUUACAUGCACUGAGCUCUGAGGGAACCGGACCGAACCGAACCGGACUGAAUGUGUUUGCAUAUACAAAGGGAAUCCACUUUAGACCAAACAUUUAAUCCAUCUGUUAUUUAAGUUUGUGUUGUUUCUUAAUUUCCACAAUGGAGUCUAACAAAAGUCUGUUUCUGAUAAUAUCGUUACAUUAUUGUCUCUUUUUUUUUUUUCUUCUUUUUUUUUUUUCUCCUUUGGCAAAAAAUUUCAAAGACAGAGUUGGGUCCAAAGGCUCGUUCUCAUACUGUAGCGUAGCCACACGCACCAAAACGUGUCUCAACCGAUCGACUAUAUGUGAUGUAACGUGAAAAAGUGUACAAUUGCAAAACCUUCCCUUUUAACAUACUUGAACACAUGCAAUAGCUUGUGCUUACUCAACCCUACAGGCGUGUCUUAUUGACUUCUUUGUUCCUGGUCAACGUGUGUUUGUUCUCUACUCGAGCCGGAUAAAGACACGGAUAAACAGCGCGAAAGGAAAAAAAAAGAUUUGUAAUUGUUUUUUUGUUUACCAAUCACCGUUGCUAUGUUAAAGAGGAACACGUUAAUGGGACAACCUUUAUUCAGGCACGUACACAACCGCCUGGUUCGUACAUUCCCAUGGCCGCCUGUUACAGGCCUGUGUUUCCUCUUGCUGAUGGAGACGUAUCCCACCGGCGGAAACAUGUCUCCUCAGGGUUAUGAGACCAGUUUGUUUAUUCGCAUUCCUGCUCAAGUCUAGUCGUUUGACCUUCUUAAAGGAAUACUCCAGAGUUUUUCAGAGUAAUCUCGAUCUUCCGUAUCUGCACGCGUCAUUGUAAUGAUGGAAAAAAAGGGAAAAAAUCUGGAUGCUCGGUUCAUGUUUAAUUUUACAAGUAAAUGUUAUUUAUUAUCUAAUCAUAACGGAUGUGAAGGACAUGACACAGAGUCUUGACUUUGUGGUGUUUGUGCAAAACUCGUGAAAGACUUCACUGGUAAAAGAAAUGACUUCUCCUAGAUAAAGUUGACUUUAAAGGGGUGGAAGAGGUGAGGGAACAGCUGCUAUAAUAAUGUAAGCGAUAAAUAAUUUGCUAAUCACAGUGGUGCAAAAGGGAACUAUGUUUUGUGCUGUUUUAGGAAAAUAAUGAACUUUUAAAAAGAUGCCAGUACAAACGCAGGUGGCACAGUGGAGUAGUGGUCAGCACUUCCAGGGUCCAGGUUCCAUUCCUGCCUCGGGUCUGUGUGCGUGGAGUUUGCAUGUUCUCCCCAUGCUUGGCUGGUGUUCUUCUACAUUCCAAAGACAUGCAGAUUAGGCCAAUUUUUAUCUAUAAACAUCCAGUAAUGUGUGUGUAUUGUGAUGGACUGGCAACCCGUCCAGGGAUGCGCUCCUGUGCAGGAUAAGCGGGAUAAUAUAAAGAACAAGUGACUGAGAUCAUUCCAAAUGUUUUUCCUAAAACAGCAUUGCCAUGUGGGUUCACACAUUUGUGUAAGGCUUAUUAAGUCUAACACUGUCCCUUACACUUUAAACAUGUAAGUCAGAGCACAAUUUUAUUUUUUCUUCGUAAAUGCAGGGGAAACGUUCAUGUUUGUAAUAUUCACUGAGACGUCCAUAUGAAAAGCGCUGGAGUAUUCCUUUAAAAGCCUGGAUGAGCAGAAAUUAAGAUUCUUAUAACAAUGACAGUUGUAGUGUUUACGGACUUGUGCGUGUUUACGGACAUUUACACCCGAUCAUAAUCAGUUUGCUUCGGUUUAUCUAACUUAUGAAAUGUACAGAUGUAAAUGCUUAUUUGAAGAUGGUUCUACAUCAAAAGGUGUGAUGUCUGCACUAACUGGCACUCAGUUAUAAUAGUUUGCAGUUGCGAUGUAAGUGAUGAAGAUGAGACGGGUUUUUGAUCCAUGUAGAGCGUUCUCGAGCGUGAUGCGUGAACCUUUGGGUUAGUUUUGCGUCUAUGUAAGCGUGCCUUAGGGGAAUUGGUUUUAAAGACUAAUCCGUCGGUCAACAGGAGGCUUUGUGUCGAUGGAUUUCGCCGCCUCUGUUUUUCAUGCUUUAAACUAAGGCAGUGAAUAAAAAAUUGCAGAUGUGUGUAAUUGUCCUGAGAAGCAUCAUGGGUGUGUAUGUGUACAGUAUAUACUCUUUUCGACAUGGUGGAGUCAGUAUGAAUGUACAAGCCACUGUGGUCAUGUGCUUUAAUUUAUUGUACAUAUGAAUGUAUACAUAU